GGGGCAUCCGUUGGAGCGAUUCCAUUGGAAGGGACCAGAUAUCCGCACAGGGCAUCAAACGCGUAACUUGUAUGUAUGCCGGAAUAGAUAGAAUGGCUCAGGGCGGGGUAACCUCCGUUGUCCUUCAAGAUAAAAAGCGGCCAUCUAGUCGAGGCUUCCUUCCUUUCACCUCCUCUGUCGUAAACCAAGGCUAUGACAAAUCCUGUAACAAUAAUCCACAAUGGCAGGCAUAUUACAACUGGAAAUGGAUCAAGCAUCCGCAGAUCUGAUCAUUCAACUGCAACUCGAGGAUGCCAGCGAGUUCUUUCGAGCGUCGAAAGGGAAGUCUCGGGACCAGACGGACGAAGAGCUCGCAUUUCGAUUGCAAACUGAAGAGUUGGAAGACACCGACCGGUUAUUCUACGAUCGACGGAUGGCCACGAGCAUGGCAGCCGCCGUUCGAGCCGAUGGAAAGAUCCUGGCCGAGGUCAGCGAAGAAGAUCAGGGCACUGCUGGUAAUGGAAUGGCAUCCCAUGGCCAGUCGAGCUUGGAAAGAACAAUCCUGGACGAGGAGACCUUGUGGAAACUUCAGAUUCAGUAUAUUUCCGGUUGGGAAGAGGGCUAUAACGAUGCCAGCGAUAUCGAAGAUGAAGAUUCAAAUAUUGGCCUAGCCGAAUCGUCCAAUAUGGCGGCACGCCGGCACACCAGGUCAUCGACGCUAAUGCGUCGCUGUAUAGCCUGUGGAGAGGAGACGGAGCUAUGGAAUGUUGCUCGCGCACCUUGCCGCCAUGAAUAUUGCCGUUCCUGCCUGAAAGCUCUCUUCGAAACCUCCAUGGCAGAUGAGUCUCUGUUCCCUCCGCGCUGCUGCAAGCAGACCAUUGACAUCAACAUGGCUCGGAUAUUUCUCAAACCCGACGUUAUUCAGCAGUACGAGAGAAAGAAGGUUGAGUUUGAGACUCAUGAUAGAACAUAUUGUCACUCAUCCCAGUGCUCUGCAUUUAUCGGCCCCUCGUAUAUCUCGGGAGCGGUAGCCACAUGCCCUGAUUGCGGGCACACGACCUGCACGGAAUGCAAGAAACCAGCGCAUACUGGUGAUUGUCCAAGUGAUACUGAAAUGCAGCAGCUCCUAGCUACAGCUGAACAGAAAGGGUGGCAGCGAUGCCUAGUCUGUUGGCGAGUUGUGGAGCGAAUGUAUGGUUGCAACCAUGCCACAAUAGUUGUUCCUGCGGUGCCGAAUUCUGCUAUGUCUGUGGAAGGCCCUGGACAGAACGUUGCGGAUGUGGACAAUGGAGUGGAGGUCAUCUUCUGCAACGUGAAUAUCGGGCACUUGACCAAGAUAUAGGCAUCCCGAGUACUCUCGCUCCACCGCAUAAUCAGAUCAGUGGAAAGCAGGCAAACAGAAGAAGAUACCGGCCGCGUAAAUGAAAGGGUCAACUUUCAUCAAACGAGUGAUUCUCGAUGACCG